AUGGCGUUUCUCCUGUUGGUGGGCUGUAUGGCCCUCGUUGGCACAGUUUACGGGUGCGGAGUGCAGGAGAUCAAGCCAGUGAUCACAGGCUACGCCCGGAUUGUGAACGGAGAGGAGGCUGUGCCAGGAUCCUGGCCCUGGCAGGUGUCCCUGCAGGACGCCAUUGGAUUUCAUUUCUGCGGAGGCUCUCUGAUCUCGGAGCAGUGGGUGGUAACUGCAGCUCACUGUGGGGUUAGGUCCAGCCAUCGCGUUGUCAUUGGAGAACAUGACCGGAGCAAGAGCAACGAGGACAUCCAGACCAUGAGAGUGGGCAAGGUCAUCACUCACCCCCAGUGGAACCCCAAUACCAUCGACAAUGACAUCACUCUGAUCAAGCUCACUGCACCUGUAACACUGAAUGCCCACGUGGCACCAGUGUGCCUGCCAGCCGCUUCAGAUGUCUACAGCCCUGGCACCAGGUGUGUCACCACUGGCUGGGGGCUGACCCGCUACAAUGCUCUCCUCACUCCUAGCAAGCUGCAGCAGGCAGCCCUGCCCCUGCUGUCGCCCGAGCAGUGAAAGGCUCACUGGGGAGAUAGCAUCACUGACAUGAUGAUCUGUGCUGGAGCAGACGGAGCCUCCUCUUGCAUGGGCGACUCUGGCGGCCCCCUGGUGUGCGAACGCAAUGGCGCUUGGAACCUGGUCGGCAUCGUGUCCUGGGGAAGCAGCCGCUGCCUGACCACCACGCCGGCGGUGUACGCCCGCGUCACCGCACUGCGCUCCUGGGUGGGCCAGGUGCUGGCUGCAAACUAAGGCCAGCAGGCGCAGAGGCAGUCUGGCAGUGUGGCCUCAUUUAUUCCUCCAUAGACACAGACAGACUCGUAUGUGUUAAUUUUCUAGUACUGUGGUGUGUGAGUGGGCACAAGGGGGUCACCUGGCAGAACUCCUUAAGGAGGGUGUCGCCUCAGUGGACCAGACUUACUCAGCCCUGUUGCAUCCUCAGAGUUUCAAAUACAACAGUCUCUACAUUAGAGAUCAAUUUCAAAACUCAUUACUCAUCGCUGUUUUCUCUGUUUUA